AAUUGUUAUCCUUAAAUUAAUUUUUUGCUAACAAUGAUUUUGUGUAUAAUCAGGAAGCAUACACUUCAUUAAAAUUAUAAAUUAUUUCUUUCAAUUAUUUUGGAGUUUUCGUUAUUUUUUCCUUUUUAAAUAUAAUUUUGAACAGAUUGGUAUGUAAUUUCAAACAAACUCAAGUGGCUUUAGCCAAUCAGCUCUAACGUAGAGAGAAAAAAGACAGAGGUACGAGAAGUUCAGUCGAAAAGAACACACUCGAAGUACGUCAAGCACGUGGCAUCCUAACCUCCAAAUAAGCGCGUCGCUGCUGUAAACACGCUAUUCGGGACUGCUCGAAACGGCCGAUUACGGAAAGUUUCUUCUCAUAACAAUCGACACGGGAUACGAUUUUGAGUGGCGAAAAUGUUGCGAAGACAAGCGCGAUUACGUCGCGAGUAUCUCUACAGAAAGUCCGUCCAGGACAAGGUGAAGGGUAUCCAGGAGAAGAAGGAUAAGCUGAGACGCUGCCUGGACGAGAAUGUGCCUAUUCACCCGGAUCUGCAGAAGAGCGCGUUGCACGUUCAGAGGAAGAUCGAAUGGGAGGAUGCCGGACCGGAGAUGGCGAUGGCGAUGGGCACAGAGAUGGGCGGCGGUGCCGUCGCGAGCCACGAGGACGACGAGUACCGCUGGGCCGGCGUCGAGGACCCGAAGAUCGUCCUCACGACGUCUCGUGACCCGAGCUCCCGGCUGAAGAUGUUCGUCAAGGAGCUGCGCCUGAUAUUCCCGAACUCGCAGCGGAUGAAUCGCGGUAACUACGAGAUGAAGCAGCUGAUCCACGCCUGCCGCGCAAACGACGUCACGGACUUCAUCAUCGUGCACGAGCACCGGGGCGUGCCCGACGCCCUGGUGGUGUGCCACCUGCCGUACGGGCCGACGGCCUACUUCACGCUGUCUGGUGUCAUAAUGCGACAUGACAUUCCUGACAUUGGCACGAUGUCGGAGCAGUAUCCACAUUUAAUCUUCCACAACUUCAAAACAAAGCUGGGGCAGAGGGUAAUGAAUAUACUCAAGUAUCUGUUUCCAGUGCCGAAGGAGGAUAGCAAGAGAGUAAUCAGUUUUGCUAAUCACGACGACUACAUAUGCUUCCGACACCACACAUACAAGAGGAUCCAGGGAAAAGAGGUCGAGUUGACUGAGGUUGGACCACGUUUUCAGAUGAAGUUGUAUGAAAUCAAACUAGGAACUCUAGACGCUGAGUCGGCUGCUGACACAGAAUGGGCAUUGAGACCUUACAUGAAUACAAGCUACAAAAGAAGAUUUUUGUCAGAUGAAGAUGGCUGGCAAGAAGACAAGUUAAUUUAGUACUGAUAGAUUUAUCCUUGUAUAUAUCAAUCAUAUUUUGAUAAAUUUUAUAAAACUAUUAAUAUUUAUAUAUUAAGACAUUCCUGACUGUAUAUAAUAGUAAAUAUAUCAAAAUUCUUGAAAA